UCAGCGUUGCAAUUUACACCGCGGAACGCAAGGAAGAGGGGGGCGAGGAGAAAAAACAGAGAGAUUAAUCUGUCAAAUUUGUGUUCGGGAUGAGACCGCUCUGACAUUCAGCCGUGCGGAAAAACAGAAAGCCCACAUGCGAAGACAUUUUAAUCACAGCAGUUGGGGAUCAAGCUGAUGCACCGCCAUAGCAGGUGGUGCUUGUAUAAUCGUCCGGGGUCUCGUCUUUGCUGCCUGAUCUGCGCGUCGCUUCAGCACUGGACAGCGACCAUCGGAAAACACUGAGGCGGGUCGGUGCGACCCUCGCUUGGCUCGGGGCAAUGCGCGGCUAGAUGACUUCACUCCACGAACAAGCACCGCGGUAUCCUGGACUAAUAUAGCAGCGCCACAAUCCCCCCUCCAUCCUCUCUAUCUCUCUCUCUCUCCAUUUAUAUUCUCUGAUCCCAAAGGCACCAUGGGAAACCGUGGCAUGGAGGAUCUGAUCCCGCUGGUCAACAAGCUGCAGGAUGCCUUCAGCUACAUCGGCCAGGCGUGCAACCUGGACCUGCCGCAGAUCGCGGUGGUCGGCGGGCAGAGUGCCGGGAAGAGCUCCGUGCUGGAGAACUUUGUAGGCAGGGACUUUCUGCCCCGUGGAUCUGGCAUUGUCACCCGCAGGCCCCUGGUUCUGCAGCUUAUCAGCGCCACUGCAGAAUGGGCUGAAUUCCUGCAUUGCAAAGGGAAGAAGUUCACAGACUUCGAUGAGGUCCGUCAGGAGAUCGAAGCGGAGACGGAUCGCGCCGUCGGGGCCAACAAAGGCAUAUCCCCCAUCCCCAUCAACCUGCGGGUGUACUCCCCUCACGUGUUGAACCUGACCCUCAUCGAUCUGCCGGGGAUCACCAAGGUGCCGGUUGGUGACCAGCCGGUGGACAUCGAGCAGCAGAUCAGAGACAUGAUCAUGCAGUUCAUCACCAGAGAGAGCUGCCUGAUCCUGGCCGUUACCCCGGCCAACUCUGACCUGGCCAACUCCGACGCUCUCAAACUGGCAAAGGACGUCGAUCCACAGGGUCUGAGGACUAUUGGAGUAAUCACCAAACUGGAUUUGAUGGAUGAGGGAACAGAUGCCCGAGAAGUACUGGAGAACAAGUUGCUGCCGCUGCGAAGAGGUUAUAUUGGAGUGGUGAACCGCAGUCAGAAGGACAUUGAUGGAAAGAAAGACAUCAAGGCAGCUCUGGAGGCCGAGAGGAAGUUCUUCUUGUCCCACCCGGGAUACAGGCACAUGGCUGAAAAAAUGGGCACCCCUCGGCUGCAGAGAGUGCUCAACGAGCAAUUGACCAACCACAUCCGGGACACCCUGCCAGCUUUCCGCAGCAAGCUGCAGUCCCAGCUGCUGGCUCUGGACAAGGAGGCAGAGGAAUACCGGGGAUACCGACCUGAUGACCCGUCCCGCAAAACCAAGCAGCUGUUGCAGAUGGUGCAGCAGUUCUCUGUAGACUUUGAGAAAAGGAUUGAAGGCUCAGGUGAUCAGGUGGACACAGUGGAGCUGUCUGGUGGAGCCAAAAUCAACCGCAUAUUCCACGAGCGUUUUCCCUUUGAGCUGGUCAAGAUGGAGUGUGAUGAGAAGGAGAUGCGUCGCGAGAUCAGUUAUGCCAUUAAGAACAUCCAUGGUAUCAGGUAGGAAUUUGUCCCCC